GCUGGGCUCUCUUUCCGGCAUCCGCCAUUCAGCGAGCAAGUUGGUGGUGCUAGUCACACCAUGCAGAUCUUCGUGAAGACCCUGACCGGGAAAACCAUCACCCUCGAGGUUGAGCCUUCUGAUACUAUAGAAAAUGUGAAGGCCAAGAUCCAGGAUAAGGAAGGAAUUCCUCCUGAUCAACAACGACUUAUUUUUGCUGGCAAGCAGUUGGAAGAUGGACGCACGCUGUCUGACUACAAUAUUCAAAAGGAAUCGACUCUUCACCUUGUGCUGAGACUUCGUGGUGGUGCUAAGAAAAGAAAGAAGAAGUCUUACACUACCCCCAAGAAGAACAAGCAUAAGAGAAAGAAGGUUAAGCUUGCUGUCCUUAAAUAUUACAAGGUGGAUGAGAAUGGUAAAAUCAGUCGCCUGCGCCGAGAGUGCCCCUCUGAGGAAUGUGGGGCUGGAGUUUUUAUGGCCAGUCACUUUGACAGACAUUACUGUGGCAAGUGCUGCCUGACAUACUGCUUCAACAAACCAGAAGACAAGUAAAUGUAUCUGUGUUAAUAAAAAAACCCCUCAGA